UGGUCCGUCUAUCAUCAUACAGAUCGGCUGCAAGUACCUUCCACUAAGAGCUGUACUUUUCUUGGAUCAAAGGCGGCCGGCCGGUCAGGCUUUCUUCGUCAUGGGGACCACUCUGGGAGAUGGAAAUCACCAGUGGGCAAUAAGAUCUGUAGGCAACAUCACUGUGGCCUGGUCUAGUACCUACAUCUCCGCCCUCCUCUUUGGUACCUACGUAGCCCGUCCCCUUCUUUUGGUUUCUUUUUCCUCUCGCUACCUCUGCCUGACUGACGGACAGAUCAUCCCCGCGGGACUGCAAUAAGCCUAAUCAGACCCGCGGUAAGGAUGCUAAUCGGAGAACCAUCGAAUAAGGUGAUCGAUGGACCACAGAUCCUACCACAUUGGGCCAUCCAG